CCGCCCCUCUCCUCCUCCUCGAGCCGAGCGCGCGCAGGGUGGGGGAGUGCGGCUUGCGCGGUCCUUGUGUUGUCGCAGCCGGUAACGGAAAAGAAAGACAGAGGCGCCAUGGCGGAAAACGCCGGCCUAGAGAACCACCGUAUCAAGAGUUUCAAGAACAAAGGGCGCGAUGUGGAGACUAUGAGAAGACACCGGAAUGAAGUGACCAUUGAGCUGCGAAAGAACAAAAGAGACGAGCACCUUUUGAAAAAGAGAAACGUUCCCCAAGAGGAGAGUCUAGAAGAUUCUGAUGUUGAUGGCGAUUUCAAAUCGCAAAAUGUAACACUAGAAGCAAUAUUACAGAAUGCCACCAGUGAUAAUCCAUCGACCCAGCUGAGUGCCGUACAGGCAGCGAGGAAACUAUUAUCCAGUGACAGAAAUCCACCCAUUGAUGACUUAAUAAAAUCAGGAAUUCUCCCAAUCCUGGUGAAAUGCUUAGAGGCGGAUGAUAACCCAUCUUUGCAAUUUGAAGCCGCGUGGGCAUUGACCAACAUAGCAUCAGGGACAUCUGCGCAGACGCAAGCCGUGGUCCAGUCCAAUGCCGUACCUCUCUUUCUGAGGCUUCUCCAUUCCCUGCAUCAAAAUGUUUGUGAGCAAGCAGUUUGGGCUCUCGGAAACAUUAUUGGUGAUGGUCCUCAGUGUAGAGAUUAUGUCAUCUCACUUGGAGUUGUCAAACCGCUCCUGUCCUUCAUCAACCCCUCCAUCCCCAUCACCUUCCUCCGGAACGUUACAUGGGUCAUUGUCAAUCUCUGCAGGAAUAAGGAUCCCCCGCCACCAAUGGAGACUGUCCACGAGAUAUUGCCUGCCUUGUGCGUUCUCAUAUAUCACACAGAUAUUAAUAUUCUGGUGGACACAGUGUGGGCUUUGUCUUACUUAACUGAUGGCGGUAAUGAACAAAUACAGAUGGUCAUUGAUUCUGGAGUUGUACCAUUCUUGGUACCUCUUCUGAGUCACCAGGAAGUAAAAGUACAGACUGCGGCCCUGAGGGCAGUGGGGAACAUCGUGACCGGCACCGAUGAACAAACUCAAGUGGUUUUAAACUGUGAUGUUCUUUCACACUUUCAAAAUUUGCUGACCCACCCUAAAGAAAAGAUUAACAAGGAAGCGGUGUGGUUCUUAUCCAACAUCACUGCAGGGAAUCAACAGCAAGUUCAGGCAGUCAUUGAUGCAGGGCUUAUCCCAAUGAUCAUACACCAGCUAGCAAAGGGUGAUUUUGGAACACAAAAAGAAGCCGCGUGGGCAAUCAGCAACUUGACAAUAAGCGGGAGGAAAGAUCAGGUUGAAUACCUUGUGCAGCAGAAUGUGAUUCCACCGUUUUGCAACUUGCUGUCCGUCAAAGAUUCCCAAGUCGUGCAGGUGGUUUUGGAUGGCUUAAAGAAUAUUCUUAUAAUGGCUGGAGAAGAGGCUAGCACAAUAGCGGAGAUCAUAGAGGAAUGUGCAGGUUUGGAGAAGAUAGAGGCACUGCAGCAGCAUGAGAAUGAGGAGAUAUAUAAGCUCGCUUUUGAAAUCAUAGACCAGUAUUUCUCUGGGGAUGAUAUUGAUGAAGAUCAGAGCCUCCUUCCCGAAGCCACCCAGGGAGGUACUUACAGCUUUGAGCCGGCAUCCAAUCUUCCAACAAAAGAGUUUAACUUCUGAGUGUUGCAGUGCAGCUUUUCUCUGUCCUACGAGAUAUAUCGCAUCACCAGACAUCCACCAGUUGAAGAAACCCCAAGGCUUCAAGACUCACAUGCCUCUUCGUUUUGAUGCUUCUAAAGCAAAAACCAUAUUAUCUGUCACUUUGCAGUUGCCAAAUGUCACACUCUCACAUGGACUGUAAUUGCAUAUGCAUGAUCUCGGUUUCCUUUGAAAAUUCUAACAAUCCCGACUAUUUUUACUUUUUUUUUUUUUUUCCAUUUGGCACCAUGUGCUGACAGCCACAACAUUUGACCUUUUUUGUUAAGAUUAUUCCAUAGUGGUGGAAAAUCGGCUUACUGUGGGAAAAAGUAGCUUCUGUUAAAUUCGGUGCACUGUACAUCAAGACUUUGGUAUAAUACAUAUUUUCUUUAUCAUUUUUUUUUUUUUUGGAAGACUUUUCAGCAGCACAGUCUGCUCUGAGCCUCCAUCUAACUACAUGGACUCUUUCAUAUUUGUGGAAUUAUAAAUUUGAUGGGGGAAAAAAAGAACAGGAAAGCCAAAAAAAAGUUUCAUGAACCUGUAGAAGAGUUUAAUGUGGGUGAUACAGCGAAACAAGUUAUAUUUAGGAGAAAGAAGACUGUACUUCUGUCUCUCUCAUUGAUGUUUGCUAAACUGCCUCAAAAGUCAGGAUUGCGAAAUGGAACUGAUUAAGGAAAAGGGCAAAAAUGCUUUGCAAUCUAUCGAACGUCGAGCUCUGACCACUUCAACCUAUGUUCUGCUGUCCUGAAGUAACCAAAAGCUGUGCAUGGAGUUUACCCCGAGCUGUAGAACUUUAUUCAUUUAUAGAGUUGAUCUCAAGCUGAAAGCAAGAGUCUCUUUAAAAUAAAAAAGAAUAUUUUGUUGAAUAGAGAACUCAAAACACCUAUCAUGGGGGAGGGACGUGAACCUUGCUUUCAACUUUCCAUGGACAAUGGUAGAUUUUUUCUGUUUUUAUCUGGGCGGAUAAAGAUCAUUUUUAUUGGGUCAGACUGUGGAGCUUUUCAUGUUUACUGUAACUUAGUCUUAAAACGACGUAUACUUCGUAACCAGCGCUUUUGCAAAAAUGACAACAGAACAAGAGCUAUGUAGAAAAAUCCUCGCGAUUUUAUCACUUGUAAAGCAGGGGUCUAUUCCAGAACCUAGAAAUAAAAACCAUAGUCUCAACAACAAAACAAAUAA